AAAGUAACGACGUCGGGAUUUAGUGACUUCGCGCCUGCGUCCUGUGGAUCCAACGCUGAUGCAAGAAAUUUUCGGCGCAGCAGUGUGGGGCUGAUCGAGGAAGAAAAAGUAGCCAGAUUUCGGUCACUUUUCAGUUCGCAAACAUGUCAGGAGACGAGAUGAUUUUCGAUCCCAACAUGACCAAGAAAAAGAAGAAGAAGAAGAAGCCCUUCAUGCUGGAUGAGGACGGAGGAGAGGGGGUAGGAGGAGAAGAGGCUAAAGAGGUGGAGGCAAAGGAGGCAGAACCAGAGGCUGGAGAUGACAGGGAGCUGGAUCUGGAUGAAGAUGAAGGCAGGAAGAAAGAGCCAUCCGAUGAUUUAAACGACCUGAACUUCUUCAACCAGAAGAAAAAGAAGAAGAAACCCAAGAAAGUAUUUGAUAAUGAUGUCGAGGAGGGAUUAAAGGAGCUGAAAAUUGAAGGAGAGCAGACAGAGGUGCAGGAGGAGGACAACGUGGACCUGAUGCUUCCUACCAAAAAGAAGAAGUCAAAGAAAGUAGACUUUGAUGAGGGAGAGAUACUGGAAAAGGAUGACGCACUGGAGGACGAUGAGGGGAAGAACAACGAUGGAAUCUCAUUCAGCUCCUCCUUGGGACCAGCCUGGGCCGGCUCUGAAAGAGACUACACUUAUGAUGAGCUCCUGAACAGAGUCUUCAACAUCAUGAGAGAAAAGAACCCAGACAUGGUGGCUGGAGAGAAGAGGAAGUUCGUGAUGAAGCCUCCUCAGGUGGUCCGAGUGGGAACCAAGAAAACCUCCUUCGUUAACUUCACAGACAUCUGCAAACUGUUGCAUCGUCAGCCUAAACAUCUCCUUGCUUUCCUGUUGGCUGAGCUUGGAACAAGUGGUUCCAUAGACGGAAAUAACCAGCUUGUGAUCAAAGGCAGAUUUCAACAGAAACAGAUAGAAAAUGUGUUGAGAAGAUAUAUCAAGAAGUGCUGGCAGGGCGCUGGAGUGAAGCGCUGUGCGGUGAGAGAGAAAACCGAUGCGUAGGAAUACGUGACGUGUCACACCUGCCGCUCCCCAGAGACCAUCCUUCAGAAGGACACUCGCCUCUAUUUCCUGCAGUGUGAAACGUGCCACUCCCGCUGCUCCGUCGCCAGCAUCAAGACCGGCUUCCAGGCUGUGACGGGCAAGAGGGCGCAGCUCCGCGCCAAAGCCAACUAAAGACCACCGAAACUGGGCUCCACCUUCUCUCUCUGCCUCCCCUUUCCCCUCAGAAGGGCCAAAGCUGGGGUUGGACACCCCUUGCUUCGCUAAAAGGACUCUCUGAAUUGAACUGCGGGAGGGUUUGGCUGUUGUUUAGUUGUGUCGUGGCCUGACCAGGCAGGGAGUGGGAGUAUCUAAAGCUGACAGAUGGGGUUCAGGCACUGUAAGCAGAUGAUGUGUGCCACAUACACUGUUGAAUGCAUUUAGUUUUUUUUGUCUGGCUGAUGAACCCUCCACCUCCUAUGUUGUUGUUUUUUUUUUUUCAUUUGCUGUGAUUCUUGAUUCCUGCAAGAAAACCCUGAUUUAAUAUGGCUUGAAUCCUUCCUCAUUCUUUCUUCUCCCACUUUACAUACACCAGACAUGAAUAUUUCUUCGGAUAAGGGAUACAUUUCUCCACAGUGACAGAGCUUAGUUGCUCCAAUAAUUGUAGCCAUGUGGCUCAUGUGGUCACCUGUUUAUUCUUGAAUUCGACAUUGCUUAAACUAAAGGCUGUGUUCCUUUUUCUGGUCUGGCCCUAAAUCACAAAACUGCCAGUCCAGAAUUUCCUGCCCUAGCUUAUCAAAGAUACAUACAGGAAGAUUUGUCACUGUAACUAGUCUGUGACAGGCUCCUAACACAGACCUCCUUUUGAUCAUUUUAUAGCGGGAGAUGACUACAAAGUCAAACAACUAGGGGUUGAUAAAGUGGAGAACACCUUCUCUCUGAAGACUUAAAUAGAGAUUGUGUGUGAUACAGAGACAGAAUUAUACAGUGUGUUUGUGAGUGCUUUUGUGGCAUUGAUGAGCCAUUGUGUACUUCAUAAUUUCUUCCUCUUUUGAUCUCAACUUCAGAAGUCCAAUUCUAUCAAACAUUGGAGAUUUGAUUAAAGGGAUGUAAAAAAUUAAUAAAAUUCAUUUUGUCAAGAAGAGCAGGUUUCUUGAGCUAAUAAUGCCAGUCCCAUAACACAAACACCCAAAUGCUUUCCCCUGGAAAAACAGCUUAUGAGCAGGCACCUCAGAUCAGUCUCCUCUAACAGGUCAUUAUUUUGUGUGAUUCAAGAAAUUUAAGCCACAAGCUAGCUAGGAUAUGAGUUUCAGUCCAGUGAUACUGGCUACAUGAUAUUAUGUUCUUGUUUGAGAAGAAUGUGAAUAAGGUCUGGCUGGAAUCAUUUUAAAACCUGGUUUUUAAAAAAAAUAAAAUAUUCUACUCUCUCUCCA